GCACAGCCAACUUCACGUGUCAGGCACGUAAAUAAGUUUUGAAGUUGUUUUUAUGCCUGUUUUAAAUUCUUACAUAAAAUAUUAACAACAAUGUCGAUAGCUAAGCGCGUACAGCAAUGGGCAACUUUUGCGCGUACAUGGCACAUAUAUGACUGCACCUGGCAAAAUCCUUUUGAGUCCGCUCAACUGGUCAAAACACAUCUAAUGGGCCUGCAUAAACCAAUCUACCAUCCUAUGAUCUCCAGACGAACCUUGUGCACGACACAACUGCAGCCAGAGCUCCAUCAAUCGCAGCUGUUGCCAAUAUAUAAGUUACAAAAACGUAAUAUGGGUCGUUUGAGCAACGUUGAUCCCAGCUCCUACUCAGAGCCGGAGCUGAUAACCACCGAGCACAGCUCUAUUAAUUGGAAAGUUGACUUUGAGUCCACCAAGCUGCGCGGCAGUGUCUUGCACAAAUUCAAUGUGCUGUCCAGCAACCUAGAGAAAAUUCUGCUGGAUGUUCGUGAUAUAGACGUGAAGAAUGCCACGUUACUGGCCGGCGGCACUGAGCUGCCCAUUAAUUACUUCAUCAGCGAUCCAGUGCCCGAUAUGGGCCAGAAGCUGACGCUGGAGCUGCCAACCGGCACUGCGAAGGGCAGCCUAAACGUACGCAUUGAUUACGAGACGGCCAGCAACGCAAGUGGACUGCAAUGGCUGAAUCCCGCCCAAACGCUGGGCAAGAAGCAUCCGUAUAUGUUCUCGCAAUGCCAGGCUAUACACGCACGUUCUGUAAUGCCCUGCCAGGAUACGCCCGCUGUUAAGUUUACUUAUAACGCCGUUGUGGAACAUCCCACUGAGCUGACGGCAUUGAUGAGUGCUUUGAUUGACAAGAACGAGCCGGGCAAGACCCACUUCAAACAGGAGGUGCCCAUACCCGCAUAUCUGGUGGCUAUUGCCAUUGGUAAACUCGUGUCCCGUCGCUUGGGCGACAACUCAAAUGUGUGGGCCGAGGAGGCCAUUGUUGAUGCGUGCGCUGAGGAAUUCUCGGAAACAUCGACCAUGCUGAAGACCGCUUCAGAUUUGUGUGGCCCGUAUGUGUGGAAGCAGUACGAUUUGCUGGUCAUGCCGCCAUCAUUUCCAUUUGGCGGCAUGGAGAAUCCUUGCCUGACUUUUGUUACGCCCACGCUGCUUGCUGGCGACAAAUCUUUAGCUAACGUGGUGGCCCAUGAAAUUGCCCACAGCUGGACUGGUAAUCUGGUGACCAAUAAGAACUUUGAGCAUUUCUGGCUAAAUGAGGGCUUCACUGUGUUCGUCGAGUCAAAAAUUGUGGGUCGUAUGCAGGGCGCCAAGGAGUUGGACUUCAGAAUGCUCAGUAAUCUGACCGAGCUACAGGAGUGUCUACGCACUCAACUCUCUGGCACGCCGGAGCUAACCAGACUGGUUGUCGACUUGAGCAACUGCGGACCUGAUGAUGCAUUCUCUUCGGUUCCCUACAUAAAGGGGUCCACAUUCCUGCGCUAUCUGGAGGAUUUGCUUGGUGGCCCAAGCGUUUUCGAGCCCUUCCUGCGUGACUACCUGAAGAAGUUCGCAUACAAGUCGAUUGUUACGGACGACUUUAAGGGAGCCUUGUACGACUAUUUCAAGGAUACGGACAAGAAAGAUAAACUAAGCCUGGUGGACUGGGAUUUGUGGCUGAAAAGCGAGGGCAUGCCGCCCAUUAUACCCAAAUUUGAUGAAUCCCUGUCUAAUGUCACCAAGGACCUGGCCACCAAGUGGAGCACCAAGACUGUAGAUGAGUUGACCAACGAUGCGAACAUUAAGCAGCCCAUUUCUAUACACCAACUUAUUGAAUUCUUGGGCAAACUGAUUGAGAGCAAGGACAUUGUUGAGCUUAAUGAGCGCAAAAUCGAGCUGCUGGAGAACACCUACAAUUUGGGGCAAUCAAAGAACGCCGAGGUGCGUUUCCGUCUCAAUCGGUUGAUCAUACGUGCACGCCUCAUCAAGCGCCUGGAUGAGAUUAUUGAGUUUGCCAACUCAAAUUUCCGCAUGAAGUUCUGCCGUCCAAUCUAUCGGGAUUUGAGCGAAUGGCCAGAGGCCAAACCGGCGGCAGUAAAGAAUUUUCUGAACAUCAAGGAUCAAAUGAUGGCCGUGUGCUCGCACACCAUCGAAAAGGAUUUGGGUUUAAAGUAGAGCACAGCAUUAAAAUUGAAUUUUGAUUGCAUUUUGUGAAGUUUGACUUGAAGUCGUUUUGGUAAAAAGACUAAAAAUUAAACAAAAAAUCAUCAGUAUAUA